UCGUUUUGUCGUGUUGCAGAAAUGGAAGAAGUCGACAACAUUAUCAUUGUGUCGCUGCGUUCGAUCGGCUGCGAUAUUCCGGACGACGUUGCGUCAAUCAAGGCGUUCUCGACGGACAUUGUUGUGGACGGCGCUGCGACGGCGCUCGCCACAAUCAAUGAAAAGUACAAGUUCCCGCGCCGGCUGCCGAACGAGAUGUCUGCGCGAUUCCGCAUCUGCACCAACAUGGCCAACGCGUGCAAGGAGCUCGGAUAUGCGGACGACAUUGGAUACCACCAGUUCCUCUACUCGAACGAGAGCGAGGUCCGCAAGCUCUUCAUGUGGCUCGUCGAGAAGCUGCCCCGCGAAUCCUCCGACGCGACUGCAGAGCCCACCGGCGUCUCGGCCGUCCUCAACAAGGCCAUCACGGACGAGCUCGAGUACCGUGCAGAGGCGCCCUGGACGCUGCCCGUCGCGAAACGCAGCGGAUAUGCGCGCCGUGUCGCCACCAUUCCCGGACCGACGCCCAAGAGCCCGCCCACCUACGUCCCGCACCAGCAAUGGGAAGGUCUCCGUGGUGUGCACCGUCUCCAUGCCAGCGUUGUUGUCAUCCCCGCUGGCGCUGGCGAUGUGACCAAGCCUCUUUCGAAAGAACUGCGCAAGUACUACGCUGGCGCUUUGCCGUACCUCACCGCUCAGCCGCCCGUGCGCCAAGACGUUGCUCCGUCAAUCUUGGAGAAGGUCUCGGCCGAGUACACUGCCGCUCGUGAAUGGGAAGAGAUUUGGAACAAGGAGGGCAUGGACACUGGGCUUUCUGAAGCUGAAUUCCGCGAUCGCAAGCGCCAGUUCGUGCGCUCCAAGAUGGCCGAAUACGUCCGCUCGAGUGCGCUGAAAGGUGACGGAGCGGGCUUUGGCCGAAACGACGCCGAUUCGUUCGCUUCCUUCUUGGACUCGUUCUCGGACCGUGGCCUGCGGAAUGCCAAGGGUUCGCGCUUCACCCACGCCGAAAAGUUCCAGUUCACUCAGGACGAAGGCGCCGCCGCUGCUGUUGCCGACACCGAAGAGGAGCUGCGCAAGCGCCGCGAGGAGGAGCUUCGUGCCUUGCAGGAGCGCUUGGACGCUCUUUCGGCGGAGGUUGAUCGUAUGGAGCACGAGAUUCGCAACUUUAACGUCAACACGUCGCAGCUCGAAAGCAACUUGCGCGAAGAAAAGUCAGCCUCGGCCACCAAGGAGGCCCUGUACCGCUCCAAGGUCAAGGUCUUUGAGCUGCUGCCCGAAGCGGACAAGAACAUUGAGCUUCUCCAAGGCCUGGUGUCCACAUCGACCAAGCGCCUUGUCGAGCUUGCCACGAAAUGGGAGGCCGUCCGCGCGCCCUUGGUCCUCGAGUACCGCACGCUCAAGGAGUCUCAGGACGGUCGCAUGACCGAGUCACGACGCAAGCUGGCUCAAAUUAAGGAAUUCCGCGAGUCGAUGAAGCAAAUUGCAGAGGAAGCUCGCAUCAAGGACGAGCUGUACCGCCAACUGACGGCCGAGUACGAGAAGAUGACAAAGGACAUCAACCGAUCCAUUUACACUCGCCGCAUUCUCGAAAUUGUCAAGAACAUCAAAAAGCAACGCGAGGAUAUCGACAAGGUUCUUAUCGAGACCCGUGCCCUGCAGAAAGAGAUCAACCACACCUCCGACGUUCUCAACCGCACAUUCUCUGCGACUGACGAGCUCAUUUUCAAGGAUGCCAAGAAGGACGAUGCCUGCCGUCGCGCUUACAAGUAUUUGGCCAGCUUGCACGAGCAUUGCAACGUACUGAUUGCCGACGUGGAAAACACUGGCAAACUCCUCAACGAAAUCCGCGACUUUGAAGAGAAACUCGAGCAGCUCAACCAGCAAAACGUUCUUCCCAACCUCGAGCGCAUCACCGCCGAUUACAUUCAAGUCAAGAAGGAGAACCAGGCGCUUUCGGCCAAGCUUUCCGGCCGUGCGUGAUCCAGCAGUCGUGUCGUUUGAUCUUUGUCUCGUCAAUACAAGUUCUUUUUUGCGUCA